UCAUGACCUCAGACUCGAUUGUCCCGCCACGUACCUCUGCGAGUCCCCGUGUCAUCAGCAGGCUCCCUCCACCUUGCUGACAUUACACGCACGCACGCACGCACGACUGCGAUUCGGCGAGCAAAGACUCCAGACUCCCACGGGACUCACACCACAUCACAUUACGGUCUUGACGAACUUUUGUAGCUGUCCCAUCUUUUUCGCAAGCGUUCGCCGUGUCCAGCCAUGCAGCCGGCUGUGGAUGCGACUGCGACUGCGACUGCGACUGCCAGCAAGAGCGCACAGCAGGCGGCGAGCCAGCCAGUGACUUCCUUGCCACCACCACCACCACCACCACUACCACCACCUACCACAGCUCACAGCCGACUGCAAUCAGAGGACAUCUACAUCUCCUCAUCCGUCCAAAGAUUAUCCCACGUGGCCGACUGCACCACACUGCACCUCGAUGAUGCAAAGGGAGAACAGACAGCCUUGCCAGUGCUCGCUUUCGCUUCGGAUAGAAGAGUCGCCAUUUGCUACCCUACGCCCAGUGCACUAUCGACGCAUACACUCCUACAACGACUACCAAGCCCCAUCUCCGUCCUCAAAUUCGCUCACAAUCCCGCUCACCAAGCCGCGCCUCUUCUUCUGGCUGGUCUGACAGAUGGUCACGUGUUCAUUUGGCAAGCGUGGAGGAGCAGAUAUGGCGAUGAGAAGCUGUGCAGGUUGUCGGAUCAGGAACAGCUGGUGCCUGCGCAUGCUCGAGCAGUCAAAUGGUCCUGCGUAGCUCGAGCAAAGAGCCACUCUCCCAUCAAGGCGCUCGCUGUCCACAGACCCGCACAAGCAACAGUCAGCAUCGGCAGCGCCGCUGCUGCGAGGGAGAAGGCGAAGAGCGACAGUGUAGUGCUGGUCACUGGCCACGCCGACUCUUCUUUGCGCGUAUGGAGAGCAGCUCGUACAGAUGCCUACGCUCCAGCUUCAGCCGAGCAUUCUGAUGAGCCUGCUCCGAUCCAACUGGCACAAGGGCAAGCUCUGCAGCUGCAAAACGUGUCUUCGAGCUACAAAGCAUCGCCUCUACCCUUGGAUGCUGCGCUUGUACACGUCGAUGAGAACACGGCUCUGCUCGCAGUGGCUUCCACAAGCAGCACGAUCGCAAUCUUUGGCUCGGUAUCAGGAGAGUCUUUCGUGCCGCUGUGCGAUCUUUCGGGACAUACGGACUGGGUCAGAUCGCUAGAUUUCGUCCAACCUCGCCAGACCUCAAAGACCCUCUUGCUCGCUUCGGGAGCUCAAGACGGCUCCGUGCGUCUAUGGAGAUUCUGCUCCGCCGAAGACGCGGGUGCUUCCAGCUCCGAGGCUGUUGCGGAGAAGAGAGAGGCAGCAGCGCCACAGCAGCUGGACGCGUUCGAUCAGUUGGCAUCCAAAUUGGAGAGCAAUUUCAGCGCGCAGCCUAAAAGAGCUCGGGAUCUGGUCUCCGCUUCGCAAAACUUUGUUUUGGGCGAGGAGAGGUGGAGAGCUAGAUUGGAUGCGCUCUUGGCUGCGCACGAAGGAUGGGUCACUUCUGUUCGAUGGGCUUCGUCGGCUCCUGUGCAUGCUGGCGCGCGCGCACAAUCUUCGACAGAGAGGGGGGCAGGAGCGUACGCUGCGCUCUUGUCCUCCAGCGCCGACAAUAGUGCAAUUCAUUGGGGACCAGCUAGUGCACUUGCCAGCGCCGUCGAUCAGCCUUUGGCUCGAUUCGAAGCAUCCGAAAGGACAGGCGAAAGCGAAGAGGACCAGUCGUGGAUGCCCUUGCAUCGUUUCGGAGACUUGGGCACUCAAGGUACCGUCUCUUUGGGUUUGAUGGGCGCUCUUUGGCUCCCUGAGCGAGCGUUCGCUGCGAGCGCUUCGGAUGACGCUCCAUCGAACGGCACUUUGAGGAAUAGCGGUAGCGCCAACGUGGGCAAGGAUGUGAUCACGUACGGAUGGAACGGGUCUUUCAGACGCUACGUGGUGCGCAAGGAAGAAGAGACCCAUGCGAGCGCAUGGCGAAACGUGUUUGCUCCGGCUGGACAUUGGCAACGCAUCAAUGCGGCAAAGUGGGAGCCGCAAGGCAAGUACUUUGCCACCGCUAGCGACGACCGGACCACGCGCAUACACGCCCGAGUGCGCAUCGCACGAUCCGCUCAGAAGUCACGCUCGGCUUGGCACGAAAUUGGUCGACCGCAGACGCACGGCCAUGCGAUACGUUCCUUGGCCUGGCUGGACCGCUUCGCAUUGGCUUCUGCAGCGGACGAAAAGGUGGUGCGGGUGUUUGAGAGCACGAGGGGGUUCGUGCAGAGCAUUGCGAGGCUCGGAUGUGCGCGAGGUGCGAAGAGGAGCAGCUCGGCCGUACUGCUCGUUCGACUGGGAGACGUCAACACGACGGAUGUGUCGCGCUUGAAAGAGGCGAUCGAAAAGGUCGCGCAGCUUGCGACGACUUCGCAAAAAGGCCGACUGAUCAUCUUGUUGAAUUCGCCUUCGUUUGAAGGCCUUGCUCAAGGGAGACCCAUCAAGGCGUCGUUCGAAAAGGUCGAAAGCUUGCUCAAGGGCGUUUAUGCCCUGGCUUGGGCUGUGGCGGUGCAAAAGGAACGUUUGGAUGCGCAGAUCGAUGUGCUCUUUGCGGAAGAUGUGCAGGUGCGAAGGAGCCGUCGCAUGGCGCUGAGCCUGUGCCAGACGGAAACGCUGCAUGUUCUGGACGACCGACCCGCUCCGCAGCGCGAUGACUUGUCGCUCGACUUUGCCGAGCACAUGGAGCGCAUUCCUGCUCCUGCUCGGCAAGGUGACCAGGAAAAAGGCGAACAAUCUGGCGAAGCGCUUCACACCUUUCCGCAGUACCGCAAUGUGGCGAUGGGAGGGACUUUUGAUCACCUGCAUGUAGGGCACAAGAUCUUGCUGAGCAUUGCUGCGCUGCUCAGUCGAGAUCGACUCAUCGUGGGAAUCACGGGAGACAGCAUGUUGUCAAAGAAGGCCAAUGCGGAAUUGUUGGAGGACAUCGUGGAGAGGGUGGAGAGGGUGAACGAAUUCUUGAAGAGGUUCAGGUAUGGACAACCGCCCUUGGAGAGGUUCGUCAGGGAACUAAAAGAUGUUGCUGGACCUGCUGGGACGGAGAGGGAUUUGCAAGCUGUGCUCACCACGGACGAGACGAUUUCCGGAGGAGAUUUCAUCGACAAGAUUAGAAGGGAACGCGGGCUUUGCGAGGUGCGAAGAGAAGUGAUCGGUGUGAUUGGCGCGCAGGGCCAGACGGAUGUCAAGGGCGAUGCAAAGGAGCUGGCUGCUAGCAAGAUUGGAAGCACGGCCAUCCGAGCUUGGUUGGCCAAGCGAAAGGACCAAGAAGAUGCGACGUUGGCUAGACGUGAGACAUCAUCGGAUGAGGAGGAGGAGCAGGACGGGGAGGAGGAGGAAUUUUUGCGCUGCUGCUCUGCGACCGAGCAGGACAGACCGGUCGGGGCUAGCGUACCCCCGCUCGGUCUGUCCAAUCGAGCUCUUCGAUCCGUCGAAGAGGACAUUCUCGAACCUCCAUCAGCGUCCGGUCAGGAUGUGGGCAAAGCGAGGAUCUCCUUGUCCUCUGCAUUUGCCCAUGCUCCCACAGAGGAAGAAUUGCACGCUACGACGCUCUGGCCAGAGGUGCACAAGUUGUACGGGCACGAAUUGGAGUUGCUGCAGAUGGACUGCGUCGAGAUGGAUGGGGCGAGAUGGAUCGCUAGCUCGGCUCAGGCAAAGAGCGUCAAGGAUGCUACGGUCAGGAUACAUCGACACUUUGCGGCAGAGGCGCAGGGUCAGCCUUCUAAUUGGCAAGAGGUGCAUCGAUUGGAAGGACACUCGUUGGGCGUCACGGCCAUCGCAUUUAGUCCCAGCAGUCCUGAUGACGAACGCGCGCGAUACUUGCUAACCGCGAGCAGAGAUCGGACGUGGCGACUCUACGCUAGGGAAAUGGUCGAGCAAAAGGCCGCCACUUGGAAAUUCGUCGCCGAGUCGGGCAAAGCUCACACGAGGAUCAUCUAUGGCGUAUCGUGGGCACCGCAAGCCUUGCAGCAGCAGCAGCAGCAGCAGCAUCGCGCUGGAGCCACACUGAUCUUUGCCACGGCUUCGAGGGACAAGACGGUCAAGAUUUGGAGGUUGAGCAUGCAAACUGCCUCCGUCGAGCUCUUGCAAACUUUCAAGUUGGCUCAUGCUUGUACCAGCGUCGCUUUCCACACAUCUCUGAUGCUGGCUGUAGGAUGCGAGAAUGGCGAUGUGGUCCUACUGGGUCCGCUCGAAGCUCGACGUGAGAAGAGGGAAAAGGAUGCGCUGGGGCCGGGUAGGGAGUGGGAGGUCAAGGGAACGCUUUGGGAACAUCAUGCGGAUGCUGUGACGCAGCUCGCUUGGAGACCUUGCGAUGAGCCUGCUCGCCACACUCUACUUUCUGCUGCUGAUGACGCCGUCGUUCGCCUAUCCCUCGUCUAUGUAGAGUAAGCACCCUUGGUGCAACCUUGCUCGAAUCAAUCGUUUGGGCGUCUGAAUGAUUGCUCAUUCGCUCGACGCGGUGUGUAACUCUAAGCCUUUAUACA